UUACAUGUUUGACGAACCUUCAUCAUACUUGGAUGUUAAGCAACGUUUGAAGGCUGCCAGAGCUAUUCGCGCUCUCAUCAGUGGUACCACGUAUGUUACCUUCUAUUCCACUGCAGUAUUUCUAUGCCACCGAACUUUCUAACACCAUUCAUUUUCUUCCUUCAGAUACGUCAUUGUCGUAGAGCACGAUUUGUCAGUCUUGGAUUACUUGUCUGAUUUCAUUUGCGUUCUUUACGGUAUGCCUUCCGUUUAUGGUGUCGUCACCCUUCCUUUCUCUGUCCGUGAAGGUAUCAAUAUUUUCUUGGACGGAAAAGUUCCCACCGAAAACUUGCGUUUCCGUGAAGAAUCUUUGACUUUCAAGAUUGCUGAACAAGCUGAAGAAGUUUCAAUGGACAAGAACCGCCAAUACAAGUAUCCUACCAUGGCCAAGCAGUUGGGAGACUUCAAGCUUACUGUCCACGGAGGUCAGUUCACUGACGCUGAAAUCAUCGUCAUGUUGGGUCAAAACGGUACUGGCAAGACCACCUUCAUUCGAUUGCUCGCUGGUUUGAUGAAGGCCGAUGGUGACCAACAAGUACCCGAAUUGAACGUUUCAUACAAGCCCCAGAAGAUUGCACCCAAGUUCCAAGGUACUGUCCGCAUGUUGUUCAUUAAGAAGAUCAAGGCUGCUUUCUUGAACCCACAGUUCCAAACUGAUGUUGUCAAGCCCCUCAACAUCGAAAGCAUCAUUGAUCAAGAAGUUACUCACUUGUCUGGUGGUGAAUUGCAACGUGUUGCCAUUGUCCUCUGUCUCGGUCAACCUGCCGAUAUCUACCUUAUCGAUGAACCUUCAGCAUACUUGGAUUCCGAACAACGUAUUAUUGCCGCCAAGGUCAUCAAGCGUUACAUCAUUCACUUUAAGCGAACGGCUUUCAUUGUCGAGCACGAUUUCAUCAUGGCUACUUACCUUGCUGACCGUGUCGUUGUGUACGAGGGUAUUCCUUCCGUUGAUGCUGUUGCCAACUCUCCUCAAUCACUUCUUACCGGUAUGAACAAGUUCUUGGCAUCACUGGAAAUCACUUUCCGUCGUGAUCCUACCAACUUCAGACCUAGAAUCAACAAGAUGGAUUCUCAGUUGGAUCAAGAACAGAAGCUCAGCGGAAACUAUUUCUUCCUUGAGCAUUAGACAACUCAUCCCCCACUACUUCCUAUUUUUCUUUUUUCCUUUUUUUAAAAAAUUAAACGUUCUUGCUAAUUAGAUGUUCUCUAAAACGUUUCUUCCUUUGAUUUUUGCAAAUCCAUUUUUUUCACCACACACCAUUUUAUUUCUUUACCCAUUUUGUAUUUGAUAUGAAUAUCGUACUACACUUGGUGCAUUG